AUAGGGCUCGUCAAAGGCGUAACGAGGUUUUCAUCAAGUGCAGUCGGCUGAGGAGAGAGAGGGAGAGCAAAUCCAAUUUCGAGUUUCUCCGUCGAGCCUCUCAGCAGCCGAACAUGCAGGCCAGCGACAGGUUCAACAUCAAUUCCCAGCUCGAGCACCUUCAGGCGAAGUACGUCGGGACAGGACAUGCCGACUUGAACCGAUUCGAGUGGGCGGUGAACAUCCAGCGGGAUAGCUUUGCUUCGUACAUCGGACAUUACCCGAUUCUGGCGUAUUUCGCUAUAGCCGAGAAUGAGUCCAUUGGCAGAGAGCGCUACAACUUCAUGCAGAAAAUGCUCUUGCCAUGUGGUCUACCACCAGAAAGAGAGGAUGAUUGAGUAGAUGACCAUGCUUUUGAGUUACUGCUGUUCUGGCGAGGCCAGGGAUUCUCCUCUUGCUGAAUAUCUGGAUGUCUAAGGAAGGCAAGCAAGGAAUCCAAUCCAGGAAACUCAUCAGCCCCACUGUCGUCAUAUUCAUGUUUUAGCUUGUACUACUUUAGGCAAAAGAAAAGUGAGUGGACCCCCAAAGUUCUUCGUAUCGAACUUGUCUUUCUUUUGGAUGGAUGUAUUGUUGACAUGUGAGGUCGUAAACUCAUCAGUAAACUUUAAAAUCGAAAAAUGAAUCUUGCCCUUGGGAAUUA